GCAGGCGUGUGCGGGUUAUAUCGAUUGGAUAUUUAGAAGAUAGGGCUUUGUGGCUUUCUAGCAGCAUGGAAGAUUUACCGAUAAAUUUUCUUAUAGCGAUCCUUCUGGUCCCAGUGGUGUUUGGAGACGCUGUUGUCUCCAAAAGUCUAGUGUCUGAUAAGGUGAUGGAGCAAAAGCCUGAUAAACUACAUCCUAGUGAAACCGAGAAGAGAACAUCAAAACGACAUCUUUCUGGUGGAUUUGGAUAUAGCGGAAACUUUGGACUCGGUUGCACGACUUGUCAUGGGGAGAAAUACGGAGGGUAUCAAGGAUAUGGUAUUGGAUAUGGCUACGGUGGUGGAUAUUCAUCUCAUGGAGAAUUCAAUGAAGGCUUCCAUGGAAGUAUUGAAUAUCGAAAACCAAUUGUAACCGCAACCAUCAAAGAGCAUAUCCAUGUGCCGAUCCCGAAACCAUACCCAGUGUUCAUAAAGAAAGCUUAUCCAGUUCCUUUCCCUGUUUCGAAGCCUGUGCCAUACCCGGUGAUAGUGAACAAACCAAUUCCUGUUCCGGUUGACCGCCCGGUGCCCUAUGCGGUCCCGUAUCCGAUUACUAAACAUGUACGAGUUCCCGUACUCCAUCCAUAUCCGGUACCAAUAAAGGUCCCAACCCCAGUAUAUGUUUCUAAACCAGUAGUGGUAACCAAACCAGUGGUUGUGCCUAAACCCAUCGUAAUCACGAAAACGGUUCCAUAUACACCGAUAGUAGCCUCACACAGUCCAUCGUUCACGUCCGGUGAACAUAUCUCUGUUUCGGAUCACGGGUCGCAUCUGCAAUCAGGCAUCCAUGGUUAUUCCACUGACGCUCACUAUGGUGGACAAUAUGGUUCCCAGUAUGGUGGGCAUUAUGGCGGCUACGGUGGCUAUGGUGGCUAUGGUGGUUCAUAUUCUAUUGGUCACGGGUCUACUGGUCUUUAUGGCACAAGUGCGCACAUUGGUUCUUCAGGACACUACGCAUCUGGCGGUCACUAUGGUUCAGGCACUGCAGGAGAGGUGCUUUGUUAG